GUUAAAAAAAAAAAAAACACAAGUUUAUUUACAAUUGAUUAAAUUGAUUAAUUUUUUUUUUUAAAUUGAAUAAAUGUUUUUUUAAAAAUAGACUAACUUUAUCAAUAAUAAAUUGUUGUUGUUUUUAAAAAUUACCAUAUUAGGUGAAAGGAAGACACUGGAAUUCAGGUGACUCAUGUGAUAAGCCUCUGGCGUUGGAAAAUACAAAUAGUGCGUCACCAAGAAAAAAAAAAAAAAAUACAAAAAGAUCAUAAAAAAAAAAAAACAUUUUAGACAUUUACAAGCAGGAGCAGCAGAUUUUUUGUUAAAAAAAAUUAACAAAUAUUAUAAAAUUAACAAAAUAAUUAUCAAUAAUUUAUAACAAACGUCAAUUUGUUAAAUAAUAUAAAAAAACAAUAAAAACAUUAACAAUGGCAUCAUAUUCUGAGGAUCAAUUGGCUGAAUUCCAUGAGGCAUUCCAAUUAUUUGACAGUCGUGGUGAUGGAAAAAUUCAUGUGUCACAAAUUGGUGAUGCAUUACGUGCACUUGGACAAAAUCCAACAGAAUCAGAUGUUAAAAAAUUUACUCAUCAACAUAAACCAGAUGAGCGUGUUAGUUUUGAAGUUUUUUUACCAAUAUAUCAGGCAAUAAGUAAAGCACGUACUUCUGAUACUGCUGAUGAUUUUAUUGAAGGAUUACGUCAUUUCGAUAAAGAUGGAAAUGGUUUUAUUUCAUCAGCUGAAUUGAGACACCUUUUAACAACUCUUGGCGAAAAAUUGAGUGACGAAGAAGUUGAAACACUUCUUGCUGGACAUGAAGACUCCCAGGGUAACAUAAAUUACGAAGAAUUUGUUCGUCAAGUUAUGUGUGGUUAAAAUUAACAACUUAAAUAUAUCCUGAUAAAUUUAUUAAUAAUUAUUUAUUCACUGAAAAAGUGAAUGCAAAACAGAAAAAACAGAAAAAAAAAAUAUUCUUCAUUUCAUCUUUUGGUGGUCAAUGUUUUUUGUUAUCACAAUUUUAUUGUUUAUAUUUUUUUUUUUUUCUUCAUUUAUAAUAUUUAAUCUUUUUCAAUAAUUUAUUCAACUUUUUUUAUAUACAAAAAUUUAAAAUUAUAAUAAUAUUGGAAACUGAAUUAUCUAGCUGAUUUAGAUAUAAUAAAUUUUAGUCGAUUGUGCCUUUUGAGCAAAAUUCGAUAAUAUCAAAUGCAUUUAUUAAAAUUGUAAUAUUUCCAUGUGUAUAAUUAAAAAAUAAAAUACAUAUUAAAUUUGAAAAAUUUAUAUUUUUAUUAAUAACAACACCCGAAAUUAUUAUUAACAAAUUAAAACUUUAAAUUUUUCCAUUUUAUAAUUUCAAAUAAAAUUAAUAUAAAAUUGUUUUCUUAGAUUCAAUUAAUAAUUAUUGACUAAAAAAUAAUUGCGAAAAAAAUCCUCUUUAUUUAAUAAUUAAUUAAUCUAGUUUAUAAUAAUUCCCACUUGUAUUUUUUUUUAUAAAAAACAACAACAACAACAUUCAAUUCAAAGAAAAAAAACAAAUAAUAAUAAUAAUUGAUUACAGCGACAUCCUCCAACACGGUCAACCAUCAAAACAAUCAGUUUAUAUUUUAUCUUUCUCUAUUGAAGGAUGCAUCUUCAAAAAAUUUUUUAGGUUAGCUUUAUUGUUAAUUUAUUGUGUUAUUUUACCAUCAAAAUGGCAGAUAAAGCAAUAUUAAAG